AUGGACAUUCUCCACAAGCACCUCUGGAAACUAGGCCACAUCGAAAGCAUCAAAGAAGACUAUGAUGAGCCUCCACAGUGUAAGGCGGGCCAAGACAUUGUGCUGCAGUCACCUGUGGACUGGGUGCUCUUGGAUGGCCGAGAAAGUGCCGAUGACCAUGGAAUUGUGCACUAUGAGUGGACACUGCUGCAGGGUGACUCAUCUGUUGAAAUGCAGGUACCACAACCAGGAACACUGAAACUGUCCCACGUUCAGGAAGGCGGGUACAUUUUCCAGCUAACGGUGACAGACACUGCAGGUCAGCGGAGCUCUGACAACGUCUCUGUGACCAUUCUGCCCAUGGUUCAUUCUGCAGCAGCCUGUGUUGGGGUUUGCUCUCGCUACCAGUUUAUCUGUGACGAUGGCUGCUGCAUUGACAUCACAUUUGCCUGUGAUGGUGUGAGACAGUGUCCUGAUGGAUCAGACGAGACCUUCUGCCAGAAUCUCAGCUCAGGUCGGAAGACGGUGACACAUGCAGCUCUUGGUACUGCCCAGCAAAAGACUGCAGGACUGACUGAAAACACAGAGGAAAACUCUGCAGAGAAUACCCUGAAAGCCACUGCCAGAAAUCAGCCACUUCUCUCAGUGGAUGCAGACAUGUCUAACCAAUCGCUUUCUCAGGGACCAAAGAAACAAAUCAGUGGAUUUGUGCCAGAUAACAGUUCCUCAGGGAAAAGAACAGAUGAAAAAAAUGGGGAUGGCACAAUGAUGCCAAAGAGAGAUCAGCUUGGAGGUGGUCGCCCAGUCCCAGAAACAGGUGCUGUGUUACCCUUAGCCUUAGGCUUGGCAAUCACUGCUUUGCUGCUGCUUAUGGUUGCUUGCAGACUGCGCUUAGUGAAACAGAAGCUCAAAAAAGCUCGACCCAUUACAUCUGAAGAGUCCGAUUACCUCAUCAAUGGGAUGUAUCUCUAAAAACUGGAUUUGGGUCAGUUGUUUUCUCCCCUUUCUUUUGUGUCCAUGAAUCUCUGCCUCUAUAAAAGGACCAAAAUCCUUAGUUUAUUUUCAAGUGUAGAAGAAGCCUAUGAGAUGAAGAACAUACUCUUCUCCUUUGUUGAUAAUAUAAAAAGUGGGUAGAUGUCCUUGCUCAGAAAAUAGGAAACAUUCAGGUUCAGAGAGUAGCUCCAGUGCAGACGACACUACAAGGUGGGGAGAUCCCAAACUGGAUGUGGGGUGUCGUUGCUCUCCCUACAGCAGUUGGGAUCUCAGGCAGGGCUGAGUGCACCCCAGGGCCCGGGCACUGGAGCAGCCAAGGCUCCACAGCUCAGCUGUGCUGGACAAGUUGUGGGAGGGAGCCUGUGCCACCUUGCUCUUCUCAGUGCUGCCACCACUAUGGGGACUGGGAUGCUCCAGCCAACACCAUCCAGCAGAGACCAGUUGUGUGCUUUCCACCUGAUGCACUGGGAGUAUUUUCAUUAAAGAAUGUGUCUUGCUUUGUUAAUUAAAAGCAAUUGCUAUCCAAGCACCUCCUUUUGCAAAGAUAAUUGGGAUUUAAGGAAGAAAGCCUCUUAUUUUGACUCAGUUUAAACCUCUGUGCUGCUGCCAGACAGCUAUGCUUAUUAAAUGCUGAAAUGAAAAAAUGCAGCUUCUCAGCAGUUGUGUACUGCUGCCUAAAGAAGCUGUGGAUACCCCAUUGCUGGCAGUGUUCAAGCCCAGGCUGCACAGGGGCUGGAGCUAAAUGGUCUUUAAGGUCCUUUCCAACCCAAACCUGCCUCUGAUUCCAUGUACAAUCUCAGAGCCGUGUCUCUCCCCAGAGCUCAGGGCUUGUUCAGCCUUUCCCACAUCCAGCCCACCACCCUCCUGCAGCAUGAGAAUGCAGCACACAGCAGUUUUUAUCCGAGAUGCCGGAGUGUAGGAUUCCUGCUGGUUAUCCCAUAGCUCCCUGCAAAGCUUGAAAGCUUCGGUGAUCUGCCCUCACCCCAGAAAAAUUCUCAUAGAGUUAGAGCAAGUAAUUGAUAUGUGUGAGUGAACUGCAGAUGUGUUACCAGUAAAAUGUGUACAGUACAUGUUAUAUA